UCUUCAUGAUGACCAUUAUCUCUCUGCUCCUGCUGGCCUCUCUGCUGCCACACCUGACCUUCACUGCUCAUGUGAAUGUGGGAAUAGUGAAUGGCACAGAAGUAAAACCCCACUCCAGACCUUACAUGGUUUCUCUUCAGAAGGACAAGACACAUGUCUGUGGUGGAUUCCUCAUCUCUGAUGAGUUUGUCUUGACUGCUGCACAUUGCUGGAAUGGAAAUGAGAUUCUGACAGUUGUGGUUGGUGCUCAUGAUUUAAGGAACAGUAAGAGUUCUGAUCACAUCGGAGUGAAGAACUGCAUCCCACAUGAGAACUCUGAUCUGAAUGACAUCAUGCUUUUAAGGCUACAGAGAAAACUCAACCUAAAUAACUACGUUAAAUGGAUAUCAUUACCAAAGGUUGGGGAAGAUGUCGAAGCAGAUACUAUCUGUAGCGUUGCGGGCUGGGGACAACUGCAGACUAACGGCCAAAACAGCAAUCGUCUAAUGGAGGCAAGCGUGUAUAUAUUGAAUAACAGAGAAUGUGAAAAAAAAUGGGGACCAAUCUACUCAGUCUCAAAGAUGAUGUGCACACGUGGCCAUGGUGGAUCCUGCUUUUAUUCCUCAGGAGGUCCUUUGGUUUGUGGAGACACUGCAGUUGGCAUCACAGCUUUUGGAUAUAGAUUACAGUGCAAUUCACCUCAGUAUCCUAAUGUGUACACUAAGAUUUCACCAUAUCUUCAAUGGAUCAGCCGCAUAAUUAGAAAUUGUUACGGGCUGGGGAAGACACUGAGUACCCAUCUAAAGGAGGCAAACGUGUUUAUAGAAAAUCAUGCAGAGUGUCACCAUAGAUGGGGAAAUGAGUACAUAGACUCACAGAUGAUCUGUGUCUAUGGCAGUGGUGGAUCCUGCGAAUAUGAUUCAGGAGGUCCUCUGGUUUGUGGAAACACUGCAGUUGGUAUCACAUCUUUUGGUGACAUUUCUCACUGUAAUUCACCUGUGAAACCUAAUGUGUAUACCAAGAUUUCAGCUUUUCUUUCAUGGAUCCAACAAACCAUCAGAAAUGUUAAGUGA